UCUUGGUUUUACAGCUAUAUGGAGAGGGGACAGUCGUCAUAAGAGAACGGACCCUUCUUGCUAUUGUCACUAUUCUCUUCGUUAAUUAUCAAAGAUUUCACCAACCUCAUUCUUCUUCUUCUACCUGUACCUUUUCUUUCUUUUUUCCUACUCUGAGUUCAUCUUUUAGUUCUUCUUGGUCUGCGCAAUCUGUUCGACCCUCUUACGUUAUCAUCAAGAUGGCUAACGCUAAUUCAGGUGUACCGAAAGCUCUUCCUGCAGAGAAUGGCUCACUUAUUGUGUGUUUUGGGGAAAUGUUAAUCGACUUUGUUCCAACUGUUGCUGGAGUUUCCCUUGCAGAAGCACCUGCAUUUAAGAAAGCCCCUGGUGGAGCUCCUGCAAAUGUUGCUGUUGGGGUUGCAAGAUUGGGUGGAUCAUCGGCAUUUAUUGGCAAGGUAGGUGAGGAUGAAUUUGGGUAUAUGUUGGCUGAUAUCCUGAAACAAAAUAAUGUCGACAAUUCUGGCAUGCGUUUUGACCCUGGUGCACGGACUGCACUUGCAUUUGUUACGCUGAGAGCUGAUGGUGAGCGUGAGUUCAUGUUUUUCCGCCAUCCUAGUGCAGAUAUGCUUCUUCGAGAGUCGGAACUUGAUGUGGACCUUAUUAAGAAGGCAACUAUAUUUCACUAUGGUUCAAUCAGUUUGAUUGAGGAACCAUGUAGAUCUACGCAUAUUGCUGCAAUGAAGAUUGCUAAGGAAUCUGGUAGCAUCCUCUCUUAUGAUCCAAAUUUGAGAUUGCCUCUAUGGCCAUCAGCAGAAGCUGCUCGGCAGGGUAUAAUGAGCAUAUGGGACCAAGCAGACAUUAUCAAGGUAAGUGAAGAUGAAAUUUCAUUCUUGACGGGAGGAGAUGAUCCUUAUGAUGAUAAUGUGGUGAUGAACAAGCUUUUUCACCCUGACCUUAAGCUUUUGCUUGUAACUGAAGGGUCAGAUGGUUGCAGGUAUUACACCAAGGAAUUUAGGGGUAAGGUUCCUGGUAUUGAAGUUAAAGCUGUUGAUACAACUGGUGCUGGUGAUGCAUUUGUAAGUGGGAUACUGAGCAGCUUGGCAUCUGACCUAAAUCUGUAUAAGGAUGAGAAGCGGUUAAGGGAGGCUCUUCUGUUUGCAAAUGCCUGUGGCGCACUAACAGUCAUGGAGAGAGGAGCUAUUCCUGCCUUGCCAACAAGAGAGGCAGUCCUUCAAGUCUUACAAAAAUCUGUAGCAUGAAAAGAGAGGCACUUUCACCCUAUUGUGUAGUUCUGUAAUUGUUUUUAAGGGAAUUAAUGUAAGUUGGUUUUCUGUUGAGGUAACAAUGUACUUUCUAUGCUUCCUCUUGUGAACAAACGGAUUCCAAACCCCCAAGCUCAGCAUGGCUUGUGGCCCAUGAAGAGACUGUUGUUACUUAUGCGCAAUUGUAUAACAGAGGAGAGGACUAUUAAUAAGUUUUGGAAAGAGAAAAAUGUAGACCCAGAAAGAAAAAGGAAGAAGAAAUGGUAGCAGUAGAAGCUGCCAAACUUCUAGUCCUUUGCCGAUGGUUGUUUGGAAUGGAAUUAAGAAAUCUUUUUUCAUGGAA